AUGGUACAUUCUUUCAUUCGAUUCUGUUUGGCGUUCGUCGUCGUUACAAUUACGGUUAGCCAAAAUAAGUCGGAAACAGUUCAGUCACAAGUCGUGAGACAAGUUGUUGAAAAAGGACAAGUUAAUAAUUUUGUGAAAGUUGCGAAAAGAGUGUUGGAGCUAUUACAAAAAAAGAAUAACGUAAUUCUCAAAAGAUUUUCUCAUAUAGCUAAAAAUUUAUUUUUAUUACAACUGAUAAUAUAUGUUUUAGUCCUUAAUCAUUGGAUAAAAACAAUAACAUGCGAUAAAACAAUAUGUCCGGGUCCAUUGGCAUAUUAUGAGGAUCUCAAUUGUACUCCAGUGUACGAACAAGAGAGCGGUUGUUGCCCGAUAAGGUACAACUGUGAUCAUCUAAAAGAGAGAUCUCCUACCAAAUGCUAUAUCAAUGAUCAUGAAUACGAGAUCGGAGAGAAACUUAAAAACGGUGAUGCAACUCCUUGUGACGAUAACUGCUAUUGCCAAUUAAACUCUAACAAUAUUGCCACAUUUAAAUGCACGCCAGUUGUUUGUUCUAAUAACGGAACAGUGAAACCAGGUUGCUAUAGAAGAAACACCGCGUUAAAUUGUUGUCCCGGAGAGGAAGUUUGUCUUGAAAAUUCCGAAGACAGAGCUGUUUGUAAUGUAGAUGGAAAGGAAUAUAGAGAUGGAGAAUCUUUUACUAUUGAAAGUGAGAAUUUAAACUGUGUAUGUCAACCAGGUUACGAAGGGAAAAACGUCCUGCCUUUCUGUAGGAAGCGUAAAUCACAUUGCAAUCCCGAUUUUUACAAUGCAACUUACAUUAUUAAAAACUGCGCUCCGAUUUAUCACUCGACACAAUCGCCUCAAACUAGUUGCAACGUAGAUUGGCUGUGUCAAAAUAAUAAUGAUACUGUUGUACAUGUUCACAAGGAUGACUUGAAAUCCGUUAUCGAUCGCCAAAUUGCCGAAAACUCAGUCAAUGACGAAAACGUUUGUCUGUUUGGUAACAUGAUCAUGCAUCGUGGUGAUAAGUUGAAACAAGGCAAUCAUUCUAAAUGUCUUAGUUGUGUUUGCGAGGUACCUCCUGUGCUCACUUGUCAACGUUUAAUUGAUGAGGAAUGCAAUUCCUCAUUCGUAACGAAUUCUUUAAGAAUCUGUCAAGAGAAUGGAUAUUGUACACAUUGGUUCGUUAAAUUGGUGCAAUCGUUCUUACACUGGAUAUAUUGGUUCCUCCAUGAGAGACAACACUAGUCAUUUAAGUGUCAACCGAAAUCUAGAUCUAAAUAGUUUAUCGGAAAUUUUUAUUUUUCAGUUUAUGUAAUUUUAGGUGCACAAAAUUAAUUCACUCGCCGGUUAUUGCUGCUGUUGUUUUAUAAACGUAGUCAUUCUAAUUUGCAUAAAAUAAAACACUUUAGUAUAUAUAAGAAAUACAUUUGUAAAUUUUAUCUUCAACAAAACUGUUUGCAAACGUAAAUGUAAAAAAUUUCAUAAUCGAUUUAUGGAUAAUUACAUUAGUCGUGUAUACUUUCAGAAAAUUAAUUUAUCUUUCGCAACGGGUUUAUCCAAUUAUAUAAAUAACAUUUGACUGCAUGAAUAGAAUUAAGUGACAAUGUAUGUAAAGAAAAAA